CUUCACCCACCACUCCUGCCUGCCCCUCCUUCAUCCAGCUCUCUGGCCCUUUCAGUGGGUCAGUGGUCCAGAUUCAGGGAUUCGCCAGCGGGCGCAGCGGGCCCAGCUCUCCCCGCGUCCGGGCGCACCCACACUCACACUCACGCGCAGGCAAGGCGCACACACAAUCCCCCAGCGCUGGAGCACAGCAAUUCCGUGGGAUCCCCAGCACGUUACGAGGAUUUUAGAAAUCACCCAGACAAGGACACAAAGAGAGAAGCCUUUCCAAUUACUUUCCUGGGCUUUUUCGUUUAAUUUCCCCCCCUUUCCUAAACCACCUCGUCUGCAGCCGUAACUACCAGGUUCACGCCAGGUCCGAAGACUGGGCUGGACUGGCCACCCCACCUCCCGGCCCUUGACUCUGUUCGACGCCCUUUUCCAGGCGUCGCCUCGCACCCCUCUCCCCCCACGAGCCUCAGUUUCUGGUUACCUCGCGUGCGCUUCACUUUUGGGGGGAAGAAGAGAAGGGGAGGGAGGCACCGAGGGGGGCAGCCGAGUUGCUAUUUGUGGCCAAAGAAUCCGCUUUAAAAGAAGAGGCAGCAGGAAGGAGGAAACAGGAGAGGCGGAGGGAGGAGAGGAGACGCGGCCCCGGACCCCCCAGCCGCGAGCGGCGGAGCAUCGAGAAGCGGGAGGAGGAGGAAGAGGAGGAGGAGGAGGAGGGAGAGGAGACAAACAGCGGCGGCGGCGGCAGCGAGAGAAGCGGGCGCAGGGCGAGCAGGAGGAGCGGGAGGAGGAGAAACCGCCGCGGAAGCCGCGGGCUCAGAAGGGCCAAGAGGACGGCCCGGGAAGAGGAGGAGGAGGCGGAGGAGGAGGAAAAGGGGGUAGGGGUGGAGGGAGGGCGGGGGGACGCGCUCCCUUGGAUGCUGGAUUUCGGGUUUUUGGACUCACUCGCUGACUCUCUUCCACUUCCUCGCUCUGGACUGGGCUGGCCGCACGAGGGCUGGGCGGCGGCGGCGACCAGGGGGGCUUCCGCGGCGGCGGCCGCUGCUCCGCGGGAUUAAAUUGGCCGCCCGGAGGCGGCGGCGCGGGCCGGCGCCGGCUGCGCGGCCGUGGCGGGGCGCGAAGGCGCUGGAGGAAAGUGCUGGUGGCGGCGCGGGAGGCGGUGGCGGCGGCUGCCCGGGGCCAACAUGACCAGGCUCUGAAAGUGUUCCAGCUGAAAUUUCAGAUCGGACAGACUCGCUGCGGCUCCGGAGGCAGUGAUUCCAAGCUGCUCGCGCACGCUGCUGCCAAGCUGCAGGAUGGUGCACGUAGCCAGGCUGCUGCUGCUGCUCGUCACUUUCUUCCUCCGCACGGAUGCUGAGACACCUCCAAGAUUUACACGAACACCUGUUGAUCAGACAGGGGUCUCUGGCGGAGUUGCCUCUUUCAUCUGCCAAGCUACGGGAGACCCAAGACCUAAAAUUGUCUGGAACAAAAAAGGAAAGAAAGUCAGCAAUCAGAGAUUUGAGGUAAUAGAGUUUGACGAUGGGUCUGGAUCAGUUCUCAGAAUACAACCCUUACGGACUCCGAGGGAUGAGGCCAUUUAUGAAUGUGUGGCCUCAAAUAAUGUGGGAGAAAUAAGUGUAUCCACCAGACUCACAGUUUUGCGGGAAGAUCAAAUUCCCAGGGGCUUCCCUACCAUUGACAUGGGCCCACAGUUGAAAGUGGUUGAGCGUACUCGCACGGCCACCAUGCUUUGUGCAGCCAGUGGUAAUCCGGAUCCAGAAAUCACUUGGUUUAAAGAUUUCUUACCCGUGGACACAAGCAACAACAAUGGUCGUAUUAAGCAGUUACGAUCAGAAUCUAUUGGUGGUACACCAAUAAGAGGAGCCCUUCAGAUUGAGCAGAGUGAAGAGUCUGACCAAGGAAAAUAUGAAUGUGUUGCCACCAACAGCGCGGGCACUCGCUAUUCUGCUCCUGCCAAUUUAUAUGUCAGAGAGCUGCGAGAAGUUCGCCGCGUCCCACCAAGAUUCUCUAUCCCACCCACUAAUCAUGAAAUCAUGCCAGGCGGAAGCGUUAAUAUCACCUGUGUGGCCGUGGGGUCACCAAUGCCUUAUGUAAAGUGGAUGUUGGGGGCAGAAGAUCUGACACCUGAAGAUGAUAUGCCAAUAGGAAGAAAUGUGCUAGAACUGAAUGAUGUAAGACAGUCAGCAAAUUACACCUGUGUUGCUAUGUCAACACUGGGUGUCAUCGAAGCAAUAGCACAGAUCACUGUCAAAGCCUUACCCAAACCUCCAGGAACUCCUGUAGUGACCGAGAGCACAGCUACAAGCAUCACACUGACGUGGGACUCUGGGAAUCCUGAGCCUGUUUCUUAUUAUAUAAUUCAGCAUAAACCUAAAAACUCUGAGGAACCUUACAAAGAAAUUGAUGGGGUGGCGACCACACGCUACAGUGUCGCUGGACUAAGUCCCUACUCAGAUUAUGAAUUCAGGGUUAUUGCUGUCAAUAACAUUGGGCGGGGGCCUCCCAGUGAACCUGUGCUAACACAAACCUCAGAGCAAGCGCCAUCCAGUGCCCCGAGGGAUGUCCAGGCACGAAUGUUGAGUUCGACCACGAUUUUGGUACAGUGGAAGGAACCUGAAGAGCCAAAUGGACAGAUCCAAGGAUAUAGAGUUUAUUAUACAAUGGAUCCCACUCAACAUGUCAACAACUGGAUGAAACACAAUGUAGCCGACAGCCAAAUCACUACUAUUGGCAACUUAGUACCCCAGAAAACAUAUUCUGUCAAAGUCCUGGCUUUUACGUCAAUUGGAGAUGGUCCACUUUCAAGUGACAUACAAGUCAUCACUCAGACCGGAGUACCAGGGCAGCCACUAAACUUCAAAGCAGAACCUGAGUCUGAAACAAGUAUUUUGCUCUCUUGGACACCUCCACGUUCAGAUACCAUUGCCAACUAUGAACUGGUCUACAAAGAUGGGGAGCAUGGAGAGGAGCAGCGAAUUACCAUUGAGCCAGGGACGUCAUAUAGGCUGCAAGGACUAAAACCAAACAGCUUAUACUAUUUCCGUCUGGCUGCACGCUCCCCUCAAGGCCUGGGUGCUUCUACUGCAGAAAUAUCAGCUAGAACCAUGCAGUCAAAGCCGUCAGCUCCUCCUCAAGACAUUAGUUGCACCAGCCCAAGUUCCACUAGUAUUUUGGUAAGUUGGCAACCUCCACCAGUGGAAAAACAGAAUGGCAUUAUCACUGAAUACUCCAUCAAGUAUACUGCAGUGGAUGGGGAAGAUGACAAGCCUCACGAGAUUUUGGGAAUUCCUUCGGACACUACCAAAUACCUUUUGGAACAGCUGGAAAAAUGGACUGAAUACCGGAUCACUGUGACGGCCCACACAGAUGUCGGCCCUGGCCCUGAGAGCUUGUCCGUGUUGAUUCGAACCAAUGAAGAUGUUCCUAGUGGUCCUCCUCGCAAAGUCGAGGUAGAGGCUGUCAACUCAACAUCUGUUAAAGUCUCAUGGCGCUCACCCGUGCCCAAUAAACAGCAUGGCCAGAUAAGAGGAUACCAGGUGCAUUAUGUGAGGAUGGAAAAUGGUGAGCCCAAGGGCCAGCCCAUGCUGAAAGAUGUUAUGCUGGCUGAUGCACAGUGGGAAUUUGAUGAUACUACUGAACAUGACAUGAUCAUUUCUGGGCUCCAGCCUGAAACUUCCUACUCCCUUACUGUCACAGCCUACACAACCAAAGGAGAUGGUGCUCGCAGCAAGCCCAAACUGGUGUCCACCACUGGGGCAGUUCCAGGGAAACCUCGGCUUGUGAUUAACCACACUCAGAUGAAUACUGCUCUUAUUCAGUGGCACCCUCCCGUGGACACAUUUGGACCUCUUCAGGGCUACCGUCUAAAAUUUGGCCGCAAGGAUAUGGAGCCACUUACUACUCUUGAGUUCUCUGAAAAAGAAGAUCACUUUACAGCUACAGACAUCCACAAAGGAGCAUCAUACGUCUUCAGGCUCUCAGCCAGAAACAAAGUGGGCUUUGGGGAGGAGAUGGUGAAGGAGAUUUCCAUUCCAGAAGAAGUACCAAUUGGAUUCCCUCAAAACCUUCACUCAGAAGGCACCACUUCAACCUCCGUCCAGUUAUCUUGGCAACCACCUGUCCUGGCAGAGAGAAAUGGCGUUAUCACCAAGUAUACCCUUCUUUAUAGGGAUAUCAACAUCCCCCUUCUCCCAAUGGAGCAGCUUAUUGUUCCAGCUGACACCACUAUGACACUCACUGGCUUAAAACCAGAUACCACAUAUGAUGUAAAAGUACGUGCUCAUACGAGCAAAGGGCCCGGGCCAUAUAGUCCCAGUGUCCAGUUCAGGACACUGCCUGUGGAUCAAGCAGUGUUUGCAAAAAAUUUUCAUGUCAAAGCAGUAAUGAAGACUUCCGUGUUGCUGUCUUGGGAGAUUCCAGAGAAUUACAACUCCGCCAUGCCUUUCAAAAUUCUUUAUGAUGAUGGGAAAAUGGUAGAAGAAGUGGAUGGCCGAGCCACACAGAAGUUAAUUGUCAACCUGAAGCCUGAGAAGUCAUAUUCAUUCGUGCUGACAAAUCGUGGAAACAGUGCUGGUGGGCUGCAGCACAGGGUCACAGCAAAGACUGCACCAGAUGUAUUACGUACCAAGCCUGCCUUCAUUGGGAAGACCAACUUGGAUGGCAUGAUUACUGUGCAACUGCCUGAAGUACCUGCAAAUGAGAAUAUAAAAGGUUACUACAUAAUAAUCGUGCCUUUGAAGAAAUCUCGCGGGAAAUUUAUCAAGCCAUGGGAGAGUCCAGAUGAAAUGGAAUUAGAUGAGCUGCUUAAGGAGAUAUCUAGGAAGCGCAGAAGCAUCCGUUAUGGGAGAGAAGUUGAAUUAAAGCCAUAUAUUGCCGCUCACUUUGAUGUCCUUCCCACUGAGUUCACCCUGGGGGAUGACAAGCAUUACGGUGGAUUUACAAACAAGCAACUCCAAAGUGGUCAAGAAUAUGUCUUCUUUGUGUUAGCAGUAAUGGAACAUGCAGAGUCUAAGAUGUAUGCAACCAGCCCUUACUCUGACCCCGUGGUGUCAAUGGAUCUGGAUCCACAGCCAAUCACAGAUGAAGAAGAAGGCUUGAUCUGGGUUGUAGGUCCUGUCCUUGCAGUGGUCUUUAUCAUCUGCAUUGUCAUUGCUAUUCUUCUUUAUAAAAGCAGUAAACCCGACAGGAAGAGGGCAGAGUCCGACUCUAGAAAAAGCAGCAUACCGAACAGUAAGGAGAUCCCUUCACACCACCCAACAGACCCUGUAGAACUGAGGCGCCUUAACUUUCAAACACCGGGUUCAGAUGAUUCCGGUUACCCUGGUAACCUUCAUUCUUCAAGUAUGGCUAGCCAUCCUCCAAUACCCAUCUUGGAACUUGCAGACCACAUUGAAAGAUUGAAAGCAAAUGACAACUUGAAGUUUUCACAGGAAUAUGAGUCAAUUGACCCUGGCCAGCAGUUCACAUGGGAACAUUCAAACUUGGAAGUAAACAAACCAAAGAAUAGAUACGCGAAUGUAAUUGCAUAUGAUCAUUCUCGGGUUCUCCUGUCAGCUAUAGAAGGGAUCCCAGGAAGUGACUAUGUGAAUGCCAACUACAUAGAUGGCUAUAGGAAACAAAAUGCCUAUAUUGCAACACAGGGAUCUCUCCCCGAAACAUUUGGGGACUUUUGGAGAAUGAUAUGGGAACAACGGAGUGCCACAGUUGUCAUGAUGACAAAACUAGAAGAAAGAUCAAGGGUGAAGUGUGACCAGUAUUGGCCCAGCAGAGGCACAGAAACCCACGGACUGGUUCAAGUAACGCUGCUUGAUACUGUGGAGCUGGCCACAUAUUGUGUUCGAACAUUCGCACUUUACAAGAAUGGUUCAAGUGAGAAGAGAGAAGUGAGACAGUUCCAGUUCACCGCCUGGCCUGAUCAUGGUGUUCCAGAACACCCUACACCUUUUCUAGCUUUCUUACGUAGAGUCAAAACCUGUAACCCUCCCGAUGCCGGACCGAUGGUUGUGCACUGCAGUGCGGGAGUUGGCCGGACUGGUUGCUUCAUCGUCAUAGAUGCCAUGUUAGAAAGAAUAAAGCAUGAAAAAACUGUAGAUAUUUAUGGCCAUGUAACUUUAAUGAGAGCCCAGAGGAACUACAUGGUUCAAACAGAAGACCAAUACAUCUUUAUCCAUGAUGCACUGUUAGAAGCAGUGACCUGUGGAAAUACCGAAGUGCCAGCUAGAAACUUGUAUGCCUACAUUCAGAAGCUGACACAAAUAGAAACAGGAGAGAAUGUCACAGGAAUGGAGCUCGAAUUUAAGCGUCUAGCCAGCUCAAAAGCUCACACCUCAAGAUUUAUCAGUGCCAAUCUUCCAUGUAAUAAAUUCAAAAAUCGCCUUGUUAAUAUUAUGCCAUAUGAAUCCACAAGGGUAUGCCUGCAGCCUAUCCGUGGAGUAGAAGGAUCUGAUUACAUCAAUGCCAGUUUUAUUGAUGGAUACAGACAACAGAAAGCCUACAUCGCUACCCAGGGGCCCUUGGCAGAGACCACUGAAGACUUCUGGCGGAUGCUCUGGGAACACAAUUCCACCAUAGUUGUGAUGCUCACCAAGCUGCGUGAAAUGGGCAGAGAGAAAUGUCACCAAUACUGGCCAGCAGAACGGUCUGCUAGAUACCAGUACUUUGUUGUAGAUCCCAUGGCUGAGUACAACAUGCCACAGUAUAUCCUAAGGGAAUUCAAGGUCACAGAUGCCAGGGACGGCCAGUCCCGAACAGUAAGGCAGUUCCAGUUCACUGACUGGCCAGAGCAAGGAGUGCCAAAGUCCGGAGAAGGAUUUAUUGACUUCAUCGGCCAAGUCCAUAAAACAAAAGAGCAGUUUGGCCAAGAUGGACCCAUUUCAGUCCAUUGCAGCGCGGGCGUUGGAAGAACUGGAGUCUUCAUAACACUAAGCAUUGUUUUGGAAAGAAUGAGAUACGAAGGAGUCGUAGAUAUCUUCCAGACUGUCAAAAUGUUAAGAACACAACGACCAGCUAUGGUACAGACAGAGGAUCAAUAUCAGUUUUGCUAUCGAGCCGCACUAGAGUACCUGGGCAGCUUUGACCACUAUGCAACGUAGAAACCCCUGACCCAUUCUGGAUUUUUACUGCAGGCCCUUCAAUAUCCAUGGAGUCUCUUCUGAGCCAUACAGGGCACUUGAGAAGUCCUUCUUAACUUCUAGCUAACAAACAACUACUUAGUGGGACUAUUACACACAAAACAAAUUAAAAACAAAUUAUUCCAGGUGGACCAAGAAUUCACAGUUUAAUAAUCUAACCUGAAAAAUAAUGAAGAGAAUCCUGACUGAUGAGGCAUCUGAAGGAUUUUAUUUACAGAUACCUCAAGGAUUCAAAAUCAAGGGAAGAAGAAAUCACAGCAAAGAACCACCAUCUUAUUCAGGAUUGCUUGAAAGGUGCAAGGAGAAAUUGCCAGAAUGCUGCAGUUCAGCGCAAAAUGCGUGCUGGUGUGGCUUCUCACAAUGAAACAGACUCCGCUUUGACAUCGCCCCUUCCCACCAUACUGCUCAUAAUAACAUUUUAGGGGGAAAAGGGGGGGAAUGUUUGUUUAAAAAGAAAGUCCUUGAUUUAGUUUUUUAGUAUUGUAAAGAUACUGCUGACCUGUGCUUCAUUUCUAACUGUGUAAACUUUUUUUUAACAAAAUGUAUCAUUCGAUAAAGUGAAUUUUAAAAAAGUUACAUAACUCUUCAUUUUUUAUUUCCAAAUCGUAGGUUUUUUUAAGCUGUAGAACUGUUAUCUGUAAUAUCUUGCUGUAGAAAUAUCAAAUCAUUUGAAAAUUUGCACAUUUUUGUGCAAAACUCAAUCUACAGUAUCAGUCUCGUCAGAUAUAUUAAUUUCACACUUCUGUUCAGUUUUGAUUGGUGAGAAAGUACCCAUUCUCUUCAAAUAAUCAAAGACAAAAUUAUUAUUUUGUUGUUUUGUUUUUGGAAUCAACAGGGAGGCGCAAAGUAUAAAGUUGCUGCUAACAUAUAUACAUAUAUAUCCAUAUUUUAUAAGGGUGUCUAUGUAUAUAUAGUGUGUCCACAUGAAAAAUAGAUAUAGCUAUCAGUCAGUUCUUCCAUGAUUUAGUUUUUUUAAACAUAGAAAAGCUAUUGUAAACAUCUCUUUCCAUUUAUUCUUAAUUUUUUGACAUAUUGGUAUUUCUUUAAAGGGAAAUGAGGAAUGCACAUCAGUGAUUGUCAAACCUCACCCCCUAAUUUCCUACCCAAUCUCCCCCCACCUAACCAAACCAAUCAAUCAUAUUCACAAAUUCUGUUUUGUUAGGCUUCCAACAAAGUUCAAUAUUUCUAACACUCUAGUGCAAUAAAAAUUAUUAAAUAGCUAAGAGGUGUGCAUGUGGGAAAGGUCAGUGCAUAUCCCUUUAGGAGGGGAGAAUGUUGUAAUAUAUCAGCUAUUGAGUUGUUUAAAAAAAGUGUAUUCAAUCGUAUAUUGUCUAUAGUAUGUGCUAUGAAAUUUGCAUUUAUGAUAUGUAACAGGGGCAAAGCCAAAUUCAUGUUACUCUGUGCAGUCAGAAACAUUUUGUGGCAUACAGCAUUCCUGGGAAGUGCUGUACUUUGUUUCGUUUUGGUUUUAGUUUUGCAUUUAGAGUGCCUUAUAAUUGAUGCCUAUUUUAAUAGCGUUUCUUUUUAGCUUUUGGUUCGUGUUUCCAUUCACUGUUCGUAUCUGUUACUCUUCCUAUUAAAGCAUUAUCUGUUUACCACAUGUACAAAAACUCUUUGAAUAAUACGCAUUCCUAGUUUUCAGCCAAGUCGGGGAUGUUAGUGAUUGUACCAGCCCAAAGCACUUGGAUAAUCAGGGCCCUUCUUCCUUUUAUAAUCGUCAACAUCAGAAAAUGCUACUUGUUUUAUUUAUAUUCCCUUCCAAAUCCUCUCUGGAACAUGCAGUCACUGCACCAAACUGAUUUUAGUAACAAAUAUCAUUGGCAACUUUGGAAUAUAUUUGAUAUUCCAUUAGGAUUUUUCUAAAAGGGGAAAUAAACUAUAUAUAUAUAUAUAUAUGUAUCUUACCCCCAAUUCUUCCAACAUAAUUUCUAUAGGAAGCCAUGGAUGAUGGCAUAAGUUUGCCACAUAUUACAUGAUUUUAAAUAAUCCUCAAAAUAUCCAAGGAACUCUUACAGAGUUUUGGUAUGAGUAUACUACUUUGGUUUAAUUUUAGCUUCAUGGAUGUUCUGCAUGGAAGGAUUUUUGUUUUCCACAUUUUCCCAUUGCUAGCCGAGUGAAAUCCAAGAGACCAAACAUUUGCAAGCAUUGUAUUUGAGCACUUUUGUAAAAAACAAAGAAAAAGAAAAAAAAGAAAAUAUAUAUAAUACUAAAAAAAAAAAAGUAUCUAGAAGGCUACCUCAGAAUGAGACUCUCUAACCUACAUCAGAACCAGAGAAGAAUGUGCACUAUGUGGGUCUGUUAUCAUUUUCUUUUAGUUUGUAUCUUUUUGGAGAUUUAUCCAAGUGCCAGAUUACUCAGUGCUAUAAUUUUCUUUUAGUUAGUUAAACAAAGGGGGUCAGACAGACAUUGCAUCAUCCAGACAUGCCUUGUUGGACAUGUAGAAUCCGAGGGAGCAUUGCACACCAGAAUGAUUGGCCAAUGAGCAGCUUCUCUCCCUGAAACAAAAACUGCCCAUUUGGCAAAGGGAAAGAUGACAAUAAUCAGAAGAAGAAAAUGAAUGGGAUGCAUACCAUAGACGAACGAGGCGGAGACUAUUGCGGGAAUCUUACUGUUCAGGAGCUGUUCCUAGAACUAACUCCCUUACUGUCAUUGAUGUGCAUUCCACUCUGUGCUUUUCUGUACAACCAUUCAAGUUUUAAUUUCCCAGGUAAACCAUCUUUAUCUGCCAUUACCACAAGCUUUCAAGCUUCCAGUUAUUUUCAUCAUCAUAACCAGUACGGUGCUAUUAUUUACCUAUGUACGUGUAGUUAUGUAUAAUUUUGUAAUUAGUUACAAUGGUAAAAAAAUCAAAAUAUAUAAAAAGUGAUUUGUACAGAACUUUAUUUUAGCUCUUUUUUAAAAAUGAUUUGCAUGGUUAGAAAACGGCGAGGACAGCCAGGGGAGGGAAGGGCCUCUAGGGAACUUUGCACUUUCUAUACCUUUGUACUAUGCACUGCCCUAUUGAUUCUACACCCAAUAAUGAUAUUACUUGAACCCAUCUGUAAGAAACUGCUUCGGAAAUUCAUUUGUGUGUAUGUAAAUAACACAACAUAGAAACAGGAAGGGAAAAAAGUCUGCAGUAAUGCACGUAUUUUUUUUCUUUCCUGUUUAUUAUUUUCGGUUUUGCUUUGUUUAAGUCCUUCCUUUUAUUUUUAAUUCCCUAUUUGUUUUUCUUUUUGGGUUUUGGUUCCUUUUGGGUUUAUGGGUGCCCUGAUACUCCAGCAGAGAUCAGAAGGCUACAGAUCCAUUCUAUCCAUCCGUUAUGUGGCUUUGCCAUCCCAGCUUGGAGUGUCUUUACAAAGAUAAUAACAGUUGUGUUCUUUGCUCUUGUUUUGGAUGCAUAGACUGAAAAAUUUAAAAAAAAUAACUUGUAAAAUGGCUUGUUAAAAAAUACAAUUACCUCUAAUUAGUAGUACGCGUAAAUGUUUUACAGAAUGAAAGGCGUGCUUUUUAUUUUCUUACUUCGUUACAUUGGUGGCGAAAGAAGUCUGUAUGAAACUCAGUUCUUUGCUGACACAAGUUCCAUUUGUUACAAAUGAAUUCUAAUAAAAAUGUCAGUGUUAUGCA